GAGCUCACAUGUUCCUGUCUUUCCCAGUGAGGAGUGCAGAGUCAUCGUCUUCUCCUGUGUUUAAAUAAACUAGCAAAGCUGCAGCAGACCGUAGAGGAGGUGCUGAUGGAUUCGCCAAAACAAGCAGUUUGCUCAGCAGAGAAGGAGCUUGGCAGAAUGCGAACACAGUUUGUGGAGAAGGUGACAGCAGAAAAUCUCACACAGCUACUUGAAGCCCUUGUAACAGACAAUGUCUUGAAUGAGUUGGAGAAAGAAAGGAUACAGGAAAUGAACCAAACUAGAGCAGACAAGGCACGCGACUUCAUUGACACCGUGAAGAAAAAGGGAGAAAAAGCCUGCAGGAUAAUGAUCAGUCACCUUCGAACCAUUGAUCCUACAGUUUCCUGUCAGCUAGGUUUGUCCUCUGGGCCAUCUGCUCCUUUAGGAUGCUCCAGCAUGUGUCAGAAUAAUCAUAAAUCUGUGCUGAAGAAGAAGUUCCAGUGUGUGUUUGAGGGGGUUGCUAGAGCAGGAAAUCCAACCCUUCUGAAUCAGAUCUACACAGAGCUCUACAUCACAGAGGGAGGGACUGCAGAGGUCAAUCAAGAACAUGAGGUCAGACAAAUUGAAACAGCAUCAAGAAAACCAUACAGACCAGAAACAACAAUAAGAUUAGAAGACAUCUUUAAAGGCCCACCUGGAAAAGAACAACCAGUCAGAAGAGUACUAACUAUGGGAGGGGCAGGCUUUGGGAAAACUUUGUUAACACAGAAGUUCACUCUGGACUGGGCUGAAGACAAAACCAACCAGGACAUCCAGUUCAUAUUUCCAUUCCCUUUCAGAGAGCUGAAUGUGCUGAAGGAGAAAAAGUUCAGCUUGGUGGAACUUGUUCAUCGCUUCUUUACUGAAACCAAAGAAGCAGGAAUCUGCAGGUUUGAAGACUUCCAGGUUGUGUUCAUCUUUGAUGGUCUGGAUGAGUGUCGACUUCCUCUGGACUUCCACAGUACAGAAAUCCUGACUGACCCCAGAGAGUCCACUUCUGUGGUUUUGCUACUAACAAACCUCAUCAAGGGCAACCUGCUUCCCUCUGCUCACCUCUGGAUAACCACACGUCCUGCAGCAGCCAAUCAGAUCCCUUCGGACUGUGUUGACAUGGUGACAGAAAUCAGAGGGUUCACUGACCCACAGAAGGAGGAGUACUUCAAGAAGAGAUUCACUAAUGAGAAGCGGUCCAGCAGGAUCAUCUCCCACAUCAAGACAUCACGAAGCCUCCACAUCAUGUGCCACAUCCCAGUCUUCUGCUGGAUCACUGCUACAGUUCUGGAGCACAUGUUGAGAACCACAGAGGUGAGAAAGCUGCCCAAGACUCUGACUGAGAUGUACAUCCACUUCUUGGUGGUUCAGGUCAAAGUGAAAAAGGUCAAAUAUGAUGGAGGAGCUGAGACAGAUCCACCCUGGAGUCCAGAGAGCAGGAAGAUGAUUGAGUCUCUGGGAAAACUGGCUUUUGAGCAGCUGCAGAAAGGAAACCUGAUCUUCUAUGAAUCAGACCUGACAGAGUGUGGCAUCGAUAUCAGAGCAGCCUCAGUGUACUCAGGAGUGUUCACACAGAUCUUUAAAGAGGAGAGAGGACUGUACCAGGACGAGGUGUUCUGCUUUGUCCAUCUGAGUGUUCAGGAGUUUCUGGCUGCUCUUCAUGUACAUUUGACCUUCAUCAACACUGGAGUCAAUCUGCUGGAAGAACAACAAACAGAUAAACACUUUUACCAGAGUGCUGUGGACAAGGCCUUACAGAGUCCAAAUGGACACCUGGACUUGUUUCUUCGCUUCCUCCUGGGUCUAUCACUGCAAACCAAUCAGAGUCGCCUGCAAGGCCUGCUGAAACAGACAAGUAGUCCACAGACCAAUCAGGAAGUAGUUCAGUACAUCAAGAAGAAGCUCAAUGAGAAUCUGCCUGCAGAGAAAAGCAUAAACCUGUUCCACUGUUUGAAUGAACUGAAUGAUCGUUUUCUAGUGAAGGAGAUCCAACAGGCCCUGAGUUCAGGAAGUCUCUCUACAGAUAAACUGUCUCCUGCUGAGUGGUCAGCUCUGGUCUUCACCUUACUUUCAUCAGAAGAAGAUCUGGAUGAGUUUGACCUGAAGAAAUACGCUGCUUCAGAGGAGGCUCUUCUGAGACUGAUGCCAGUGGUCAAAGCUUCCAAUAAAGCUCUACUGAGUGGCUGUAACCUCUCAGAGAGAAGCUGUGGAGCUCUAUUCUCAGUUAGCCUGGAGUCCUCUAAUUUAAUUGAGCUGGACCUGAAUAACAACGAUCUGAAGGAUUCAGGAGUGAUGCUACUAUCUUCUGGAUUGAAGAGUCUGCAGUGUAAUCUCCACAUUCUCAGGCUGUCAGGCUGUCUAAUUACAGAGCAUGGUUGCGCUUCUCUGGCCACAGCUUUGCGCUCCAACUCCCAACUGAGAGAGCUGGACCUGAGCUAUAACCAUCCAGGAGAGGCAGGAGAGAAGCAGCUGAAGCAGCUGAGAAUGGAUAUCAGGGUGGAGCCUUCAGGAGAACAAUGGCUGAGACCAGGUCUGAGGAAGUGUUACUAA